CCUUGACUCCCUCAAUGUGCACUUCGAAUUCUAACAAUAUCGGAAUUUGACUUGAUCAUUGCCAUCUUGAGGCAUGUAUGUCGGAGCAUGCCGCUUUUUCGAGCACUCCUUUCUACUCACACGCUACCCUCAAACAGCAAGACAGCAAGUGAUGGCGAUGCACAGCACUCUAGACGACGCGGUUAGAGGCGCCAGUUCUGCUGUUGAUCUUGAGAUGGAAGAAAUAGAUCGCAGUCCGUCUCCCAGCACUCUAUCUAAUCAAAUCUUGGGGCGCUUGAGUGAUAUACGGACUGCAUUGCUAUCUGUUGAAUUGACCAAUGACUUGGGGUAUAAACCUGGACUUCUGAAUCUCCUCGGCCAAAUUGAUCAACGGGUACAAAUAUUCCAUUUCCGGCUACUCAGCGACCCCAAUGCUCGUCUCCUGAGGGAGGCGAAUCAGAAACUACCGGAAAUGGACAGUCUGACAAAAGCGCUUAUGGCUGCGUUUAAGGGGGGAUCGAGAGCGGACGUGCUCAAUGGAAUCAGUGUCUUUGAGAACUCGGCAAGUGACUGGAUAGGCAGCGGUGCAGAAGAAGAGCAAUCACCCGAGCAGAAGCCAUCAGUUUUUGACACCCUUGCUGUGGACGUUCCGAUGGAUAAACCCCUAUGCCGGCUUGAGACCGCCUUUCUAGGCAAUGGCGGAAUCCGCAAGAAAUUCUACAAAGUCGAGGAUUUUGUCGAAUGGCUGUACGACGAGCAAGGCCUUGGACAGGACUGGAGUGUCCGAAGCGCCCAUCUCUUCCGUGAAACUGACCCCAUACAUCACGAGUACGCCAUUUUUGGACUCCAGGAAUCGUCUUUCUCUAGUUGGCUUCGCGUGGAGCGAGCAGCUCGAUUCAAGGAUCGCCGUCAUCGGCUCCAAGCCGACAUGUUUGAUCCUCUUUUCAAAGGGACGCCGUUGCGGCAGCAGCUUUGGCUUGGAGCCUCCAAAGAAGAUAUUAUAUCACCCAAUGGAAGGGAGAUUCUAGUCCUCUCCAUACAUGAUCCGGAUACUGCGCGUUUAUCGCUUCAGGAAUUAACACACCAAAUAUCGGAAUCUUCUGCUAUAAGUGAUAUAUAUCUGCUUUUUACAGAGAACUGCAGGUGGUUUGCCCGACGUAACAUUCUUAGCCUUGGAGAACGGAUGCGUAUGAUGAAUCACUUGAUUUCGCUGUCCUGGAAAGGCAAAGAAGCUGAUCCUGGCGGGCUGGCAUCCCUGCUUGGGAAGGACCCAAAUGGAGGAUGGCAACUCGGAGGUACGAAAGGCGCCUAUCUGCAGGCGGACUCGCUAGUAGAAGCCGCCCGUGUGGCACUUUCUCAGGGCCGUCCUAGGGAGGCGAUCCCUUUCGCGGAGGAAGCUCUAAGCCUUCUGGAACCCCUGGACGACCCGAAGCGGGCUGUUCGUUUACUCAUCGCUCGUUCUUCUGCUCAUCGUCAUCUCGCGAGUGCUCUAGAGGAGACUGGAGAGUUACCCAUGGCACUCCAUCACAUGCGAGAAGCAUGCGAGCUUUCAACAACAACGUUUGCUGAUCAUUUCCAACUCUACGUCUACAAUACGAAUUCUCUCGUUGGGAUACUCAAUAUGUUAGGCGAUACUGCUGAGGCCUUGAACAGACGGCGACAUAUCGUUAGUCUUGUUCGUGGCCUACAUAACAACCAACCCGAGAGGUGGGUUUCCGAGGCCCUUAGCGAGUACCUCAAAAAUUGGGCAGUGGAAAUAUGUGGCUUGCCUGCCAAUGAUCCUGCACGAGACUUGGAUCAUGCCAUUGAUUGUGUGCAAGAGUCAAUCACUAUUCGAACUGGUCUCUAUGAACUAUCCCCGGACUUGUACAAGGAUGAUUUAUCUCACACAUUCGCCGUACUUGCCAAUGUUUUGGAUGAUCGUGGUGAUUUUUUGGAGGCACUUGCAGCUCAAAGAAAGGCCGUCGACAUAUUGAAGGCAGGGGACGAUGAGAUAGGCGAUCAUAAACAUCAACUCGCCGAACGGCUUGACAACUUAGCAUGUUAUGCCGAGAAGCUAGGAGACUUGCAUGCGGCACAAGCAGCAGCCUACGAAGCGAAUGAUAUUUGGAAAGCACUCGAUCCAAACAGUAAAGAGAUUUUAUCCCUGCAACGGCCGCGCACUCUCAUCCGACUUAGUCAUUACUUAGAGCGGGAGGGGAAGCUGACCGAUGCAUUAGACUAUCUGGAGGAGGGACUGCGUUUAUUCCGCUCGGCAUUUGACGAGGAUCCCGAAGGCGGGAGUAAACGAUCGAACCUGGCAGGCGCAUUAAUGCAGUAUGCUCAUCUUUUGGAAGGACUUGGCCGCCAUUACGAGGCCCUCGAUGCGUCUAAACAAACGGUAGACCUUCACAGGCUUGCCUUCGGCCUCGAUCCUACCUCCACUCGCCCCGAAAUGGCUCGCCACAUGUACAACCAUGCUGGUUACGCAGCCUCUGUGGAGGAUUGGGAUGAAGCCUGCGAGGCCUCUAUGCACGCCGCUCGACUGUAUCAACAACUCACGGGACUUGAUCGAGAUCAAUAUCUGCAGGAUUACGCUGAUGCACUAAAUAAUUGGGGAUAUAACUUGAAGGAUGCAAGCAAGCCGAAAGAAGCACUUGCACCUUGGCAGGAGGCCAUUCAUUGUUUCCGAGAUCUUAUGGCAUCAGGGGCAGACUGCCGCGACGAACUAGUGGAUUUGUUGCGUGAGGUGGCCACGAUUAUCACUGUCCAAGGGGAUGUAGCUCAGACGUAUGGGUUGAGCGCAGAAGAACUUGGAAUGGAAGCUGAUGAGCUUGAAGCUCAGUGAUACGCAGUAAUACGGCUAUGUGUAAGAACUGAGUGCAGGAGGGGUUUAGGGCCCGAUGCCCAAAGGUUGUCGCUGUGGAUUGUACUAUGACUCCACGUAUAAUGUGGUCUGUAUUUCGUUCUGUUGCUGCCCACUCACAGUAUCAUCCAUUCAGUAUCAUGUACUCCA